AUGCUCAAAGCUCGAGCACUCCAUGCAUCCCUCCUUAAAGCAGGCCUCCAAAACCAUGUCUAUAGCUGCAACCUUCUUCUCCAAGCCUACUCCGAAUGCGGCGCUCUCUCUGACGCAAACAAGCUCCUUCACCAUAUGCCUCAACCCAACCCCGUUUCUUACAACACCCUCUUAUCAGGUUACAUCAAAUCUCAGCGAAUCGAUGAAGCCCUUAAACUCUUCUCCGCCACACCUCAACCUGACUCUAGAUCAUGGAAUAUCAUCAUAUCGGGUUAUAUCCAAAACCAGAGAAUAAAGGAAGCCAUUACCCAUUUCGUCCAAAUGCAUUGUAGCUCCGCUAGGCCUGAUAAUUUCACUUUUACGAUUGUAAUCCCAUGUUGUGAUGUGGAUAUUGGGCGGCAAAUUCAUGCUGAGAUUGUUGAGUUUGGUUGGUAUUCGGAUGUUUUUGUUGGCACUAAUCUUUUUAGAAUGUAUGCAGAUGCGGGAGAAAUGGAGAAUGCAAAGAAAGUGUUUGAUGAAAUGCCUAAUAGAGAUUUGGUCUCAUGGAAUGCUUUGCUUUUCAGUUAUUAUAAACUUGGAAUAAGUGAGAUUAGUUUAAAACUGUUUCAACAACUUAUUAGAGAUGGGGUUCAAGCCGAUGAGUUUACUUAUGCGAUAGUUUUGAAUGAAUUUGCAUCUAGCUUGCGAGUUUUUGAAGCAAGACAGGUGCAUUCAUUGAUUAUUCAAUCUGGGUUUUGUUCUGAUCGCUUCACUAACAAUGCAUUGGUGAACCUGUACUCUAAGUGUGGAUUUAUUGCUUCUGCUGCCCGGUUAUUUGGGGAGAUGCCUGUGCAAGAUGUGGUUUCUUGGACUGCGAUGAUUGUUGGGCUUUCACAAAGUGGACAUGAAGAGAACGCGAUAUCAUUGUUUGAUCAGAUGCGAUUGGCUGAUGUGAAGCCAAAUUCUUUCACCUUUGGUGGCAUACUUAGUGCUUGUGCAAGCGCUAAUGCAUUUGAAAGGGGAAGAAAAUUUCACUGCCUAGUUAUGAUGUUUGGUUUGGAUACAGAUAUGGUUGUGGGAAGUGCAAUUGUAGAUAUGUAUUUGAAAUGUGGGGAGUUGGAUGAUGCAUUGAGGGUCUUUCGAAGCUUGGCUGUAAUGGAUAUCGUUUCGUGGAAUGGAAUGAUAUGUGGAUAUGCACAGAAUGGUGAAGGUAAGAAAGCUUUAGACCUAUUUCAUGAGAUGGUGCAAUCCAGAUCAAUAGCCAUUGUGCCAAACCAUGUCACCUUCAUUGGUGUUUUAAGUGCAUGUAGCCACAAUGGUUUGGUGAAUGAGGGUCGCUACUACUUCAAUGACAUGGUUCACAGAUAUUCGAUCAAGCCUACAGUAGAGCAUUAUACAUGUAUGGUUGAUAUAUUGGCAAGGGCUGGACUGUUAGAAGAGGCUGAAUCUCUUAUUCUGACCUUGCCCUUCAAGGCUGAUUCUGUAAUAUGGGGUGCAUUGCUUGGAGCUUGUAGAUUACAUGGGAACACAGAGAUGGCAAGACGAGUUGCAGAGCGCCUAUAUGUGGAUGAACCCGAGAAUUCUUCAAAUUAUGUGCUUCUUGCCCAUGCAUAUACAGCCAUUGGGGAGUGGAAUGAUGCAUUGGAAGUUAGGAAAGUUAUGGAUGCAACAGGAGCUCAAAAGAUGAUUGGUUGUAGUUGGAUUGAGAUUCGCAAUAGUGUGCAUUCCUUUGUUGCGGGUGAUAAGAAUCAUCCACAAAUUGGAUUGGUUUAUGAGGUUCUAUGGCGAUUAUGUCAGCAAAUGGAGGAAGGGGAUGUGAGAUUAUGA